AUGAAAUAAUCAGGAGAGAGUCGUUCUCAGAUUGUCAACAUUGCUGAUAAACCCCAGAAGAACCAACUUCAAGGGAGUAUCAUUAUGAAUAAGGCAGUUUACUGUGAAGAUGAAUAAAGUUUUAAUCCUUAGUUUUUCAAGAACAAACUAAUGGAGGAACAAAAACAAUAACAAUUAGAGCUAUUACAGAAACAAAAAGAAGAGUAAAAACAAGAGGAGGUUGUGCAUAAAUCCAAGGUAAAGAAGCCUUCAAUGAUUAAUAAAAAAAGAAAAAGCAUGACUCGAAAAAGGUCGACAUCACCCACUGUUGAUAUACCUAAAGGAGAGGAGAAAAAAGAGGCUGUGCAGGAAGAGUCUUCGUUUAUUGCAUUGAUUAAAAAAUAGGCUCAAAAUCUGUAAUAAUAGCAAAAACAUGAUAAAGCAAAUGAAUUAAAUUAAUCUUCUACAUCCCUAAUCAAUAAUCCCAGCAACCUUGAUGUAUCACAAGAUGACUAGAUUUAAACUAAUCUAUCUAAAAACAAUGUUAAUUAGACAAGCAAUACCAGCAUAAGCAGAGGAAAUGCUGAUAGAUCGAAAAGUCAAUCUUUCGUUAGACAAUAAAGCAAUAUAUCCUAAACGACAACUGCAUAAAAUAACGUAAUUGAGUAUAACAUCAACAGAAGAUUUGGCUUGUAAUUUAAAAAGUGUUUUAUCCGAAGAAAGCCCAAUUUAGACCUGAUAACUCUGGAUUAAAAUCAGAGAAGGCAGGCUGAGCUCUAAGCUUAUCACUAGUUCAAGCAAAAUAAAGAAAACGCUGAUGUUUUGUACCUAGUGGACUAAUAAUGGAUAGAAAGAUGGAUAGAGUAUCUAAGGGGGAAUCUUGAUUCUCCAGACUAUAUAAAUAACGAAAAACUUCAUCGAAUAAUAUUUGAGGAGUAGAGAGCUAGAUAUCUCAGAAUGAAUGAGGAUUUCAUUUUAGUCCAUAAAUCCCUGUUUGAAUACUUAUACAGCCUUUACGGGUGCGAUUAUUUCAUCCAGGGAAAAUAGUAUUAAAGAGCUUCAAUUUCUAGAAUGGCAGUAAGUCCAAACAAUAGUGGUCCUGUUCAAGGAGUUAUUGGAGCCAAAACUAGCGAGUAAUCAACCUAGUCCUCAUCUUUGAAAAAUCAACAGCAGUACUAAGACAGCGUUUCUCAUGCUUCGUUCAUUAGUGGAACAAGCUCAUCAUUUUAGAAAUUUUCAAAAGGCCAUCCGAUGUUAUAUGAAUCUGGUAAAGGUCAAGGGUUAUCUCUUGCCCAAAGGAUUGAAGAAAGCAAAAAAUAAAUAUAGUAGCAAGAUUUCGAAUCUUAAUUAUCUGAUGGCGUACAACUGUAUCAAGAAGUUUUAGGGAAAAGACAAACAUAGAUGGUUGUUGUGGUGUCCCCGGAUCACAUUAAAACUGAGAUUGUAAAUAAGUUUUCCCCUGUAUUCUAGCAUGAUUGUCAUGAAUUUUUCACCCAUAUCAUGUCUAAUCUAUAAGAUGAAGAAACUCCAAUUUAAGAAAAAUAGUAUACUGAUUCCGAUAACAUGAGUGCUGAGGCAUCUUGGAAUAAUUUCGAGCAAUCUCAUCCCUCUAUUAUCGACAAAUUAUUUAGUGGGCUGUAAAAGACAAUUGUAACUUGCGUAAAGUGCAAUCGAAAGUCUGUUACCUACAACCCUUUCAUGACACUCAGCCUAGCCUAUGAGAGUUCAAUCGACAAAUGCAUUGCAAAUUAUUUACGAGAGGACACCCUAGAUACUAAAGACUAGUAUAAAUGCGAGAAGUGCAAUUAAAGUUCGAAGGCUAAAAUUAAAACGGAGAUAAGCAAGUUGCCGAAUAUUUUGGUAUUCCAUCUGAAAAGGUUCGCUUUUCCGUCCAUGAAAAAAAUCAAGGGGAAGGUUAAGUAUGGAAGUUAUAUAGACAUGCAAAAGUAUUGUAAAAAUAGUAAGCUAGAUGUGGAGGAUACUUAAUAUGAACUCUUUGCAUUGACAGUUCAUGUGGGAACACUAGAACAAGGCCAUUAUGUAGCGUUCACUAAAAGAAAUCAAAAGUGGAUUUUAUUCAAUGACGAGGAGUAUUAAUAAGUCAAGGAAACAGAUGCUCUAAAUCAGGAAGCUUAUCUUCUUUUUUAUAGAAAACUAACUCUAUGA